AUGUCUACCUCUCAGCCUCCUCCCGUUCUUUGCGACACCGGCGGCGACCUGCUGGAUCGGCUUCAUGUUGAAGACUCUAGGCGCACCAGCAGAGCUGUGGAGGUCUUGUCCUGUUCUCCCGUGACCCGCGAGCUUGUUCCCCGAAAACAGGGCAAACCGCUCUCCUUGGGCCACGGUUAUCGUGUCGUUGCUGCCCUGGCACAGGCCACCGGCGUUGAGCGCCGUCCCCCAUGCAACCGAUGCGCCCGCGCGAAUGGGCCUUGGAAGUAG